CUCACUUCUCACCACCACCACUCCCACACCGCCACCAUGGAUGUUUUCUGGACUUUACCACCGGUCACUAGAACCAUCGCUACUGCAGCUGUAGUUGUAUCAGCAUUGGGGUACGCAGGCAUUCUCGAGUUGAUGCAGUUUGUCUAUAUCCCACAGUAUGUGUUCACUGUGUCGAUGCUGCCGCAGGUGUGGAGGGCCAUAACUGCGUUCUUCAUAACGAAGCCGAAGUUUGGCAUCAUCAUGGACCCCUACUUCUUGUACCAGUACGGUAGUGGUCUUGAGCGCGAGUCUUCUCGUUUCUCUCAACCCGGCGAUUUCUUCGUCUACACCGUAUUUCUGGGGUCAUUCAUAGUAGCACUUGCUGGCCAUAUUCUAGGCGGUAUGACGUUCCUUGCAGCCCUCUCCUUGGGCUACGCCUACACGUAUGCGCAAGACAACCCAACUCGCCAAGUGACUUUCUUCAUCAUCACUUUUGACGCCAAAUUCCUUCCCUUCGCUCUCCUCUUCAUGACCCUGAUCCUCGACGGCCCUGAGCAAACCAUGACACAAGCCACCGGUCUUAUCGCGGCGCACAUGUUCGAUUUCUUGACCAGGAUCUGGCCGACAUUCGGCGGCGGCACAAACUACAUCACCACGCCUCAGACUGUGAAGCGGUGGUUUGGAGCAAGGCCUGGGGCGAGGCAGGAACGGUCCUACGGUUUUGCACAACAGGGCGGAGGUGCUGCGGAACCUCCCAGUGCCGGAAGGACUACUGGGGCUCAGUGGGGACCUGGAAGGAGAUUGGGUGAUUGA